CACCAGAAAAUGGGUAGCAAAGGUGGAAUUUUCCGUUAUGCAGAUGGAGUUGACAAAUUUCUGUUACUGUUUGGGACAUUGGGUUGCAUUGGAGGUGGAUUACAAACCCCUAUGACAAUGCUUGUUCUUGGUAGUUUGAUAAAUGAUUAUGAAGGUGGAUCUGAACAUUCCGUGCCCGACCAGGUUAUAGACAAGUACGCUCUAAGGCUGCUUGGUGUUGCAAUUGGGGUUGCUUUAUCCUCCUUUAUAGGUAAGCAUUGCUGCAAUUCUAGAUAUUUGGUUUCCAUUGUCAAUGAUAACUAG